AUGGAACAAAACUUACUAAUUGAUUCUGAUCUUAGUGACGGUAAUAAUAAAUUUGGGUUAGACGCUGAUACCAAGCCAGAGGUGCUAUUUCAUAAUGAUAACGAUGAGUUCUGGCUGUUCGAUGAUGACAAUGAAGAAGAUAAAGAUAUUAAAAAGCUUUAUCGAGACCGGGAAGCUCGUCAACAUUUUAUCCUUCUUAGACUAUUUACCAUGCGUCUUUCCAAUAUAUCUGAUCAAGCAAAAAAUGGAUUAUUUAUUGCAUUUUCUAGAUCUAAUUCAUUUGGUGUAUUAGAACACAACGCAUUAUUGGAUGCUUUAGCUCAUCCUGUGAAAGGUUUAAAUUUUUUCGAAUAUGAUGAACUCGGGUUUGAUUUAAUAAACAAUGCAAAGUUUCAAUAA